AUGGGCAGAAAUCAUCAUAGGGCUGGGGCCAGGCUAGAGAUAGGGAUUUGGCUGUGUCUGGGAGUGUCUGGGACUCUGAAGAUCCUCCCAGAAGUACACUUGGAUGGAGCCCUUGGUGGAUCCAUUAUCAUCGAGUGUCCACUUCCUGAGAUAUACACAAGGAUGUACCUGUGCCGGCAGAUGACUAACCCCAGCAUAUGUGUCACUGUGGUAUCCAACAGCUUUGUCAAGGAUGAAUACAGAAGCCGAGUCACUCUGAAACCAUGCUUUGAUAAGAAUAUAUUUCUGGUAGAGGUGACAAAGCUAACUAAAAGUGACAAUGGAGUCUAUGCCUGUGGAGUGGGCACACACACAGACCGGGGCAGGACCCAGAAAGUCACUGUGAAUGUCCACAAUGAAUACAAACCCUUCUGGGAAGAUGAGCCGACAUCUGGACUUCCAGGAUGGUUUGACAGAUUUCUGAACCAGCAGAUGCCCAAUUGGUUCCAUGAGGUUACACAGGCCACUCCUUCUGAAUUCAUAUCCAAAGCUACCACACCAGUUCCAAAGACUGAGGUCCCUCCAAUUCACCAGCUCUCCAACACGGCUCCAAUAACCCACCAUCCUCAAGUUUCCAGAACAUCUUUGGUAGUAGCUGUCGAGUCCCCAGAUUUCCUGCCACCUACAACAGUCUCAAAGACUUCAGCUCAGGAAGGAGUCAGGCCCCUGGGAGCCAGCUACAGUCACCAUACCAGACUUGAUGAGCAGAGAACACGCAACCAUGACCCACAGACUGGGAGGGAAGACCAAGAAUUUCACAUCCUGAUUCCAAGCGUCCUGGGCCUUCUGUUGGCGACUCUUCUGGGACUGGUGAUAAAAAGAGCCAUUCAAAGGAGGAAAGCCUUCUCCAGGAGCAUCCGCCGGCUGGCGGCGAGGAUGCGCACCCAGGGCGGCUCCGGGCGGUCCCCUGCACAGCGGCCCAGACCUUCGCGGAGGCCGCGCUCGCAAAAUAACGUCUACAGCGCCUGCCCGUGGCGCGCUCGGAACGCUGACGCUGCAGGUCAGGAGGCGCGCCCUCUGCCCAGCGCCGGAGCUUCAGCGCCCAGUGCUCCGCCUCUGGUACCCGAAGUUUCCUGGAUCUAUGCCCCAUCUCUGAAGACCAGCUGUGACUAUGUGAGCUUGUACCACCAGCCUGCUGCCCACGUGGAAGACACUGAUUCAGAUGAUUACAUCAAUAUUCCUAGCCUGACUCAUCUUCCCAGCUGUCUCUCAGGGCCCAGACCUUCAUGCCAAUGAGUCUUACCUGUCUCCUGAUUUCCAGCUCCAUUUCUUUGUAGAAUCCUCAUCACCGCCCAUGCCCCAUACCCCAACUUGACUACCAUCUGGCUAUCUGAGUGCCUUGAGAAUGAUCCUGCCAUAAGCUGAUUUUGCAUGCCAUCGAAGCCCUCUAUCAGGAGGCUCUGCACAUCGAGAGCAUUCAUUUGUCUCAAUACCACCUGUCCUUUUCACAUCAUCUAAUAUGCUAUUAGACUUCUGUCAUUGCUACCUUUGGUCACAGGGUCUUUGCUGCCCUAACCCUAGCUCAUGUGGCAUCAAACUGGAACUUAGGCAUGGCUGCUACUUUAGAAGCCCUCCCCAGGCCUGGUCCUCACACAGACAGAGGCCUUUGGACUGCCUCAUGAGGACAUGCCUCAGCCCCAUGAGCUAGGAAAAGGGUACAGUGUGAGAAUGCUCCACUGUGAGCAUCUUUGCCCAGAUCCAAAGGCCAGCAUGUGCUGAUGAGUUUCUAUUUUUCUUGAGUUCAUGUUAAAGGCAAUUUAUUUGACAUGAUUAUUCUAAAUUUUAGAGAUAAGCUU